AUGUCUGCUGUCCUGGGCGGGGAACCUGCACAUGCGGGCAUCAGUUCCACCUACGCUGACGAACACACGCAGUAUGCGUGGGCCACGGAACCGAAACCGAAAGAUGUGAUGCUGGAGUCGUCAUAUACUACGUACGGGCAUGAGGGUAUGGCGUAUGCGCAUUGCGACUCGUCUAAACUUCCUUUGCGCUUUGGAAAGUUACUUUUUUCUUUCUCCCAAGCUCUUGAUAUCAUAGCCCUCAACUUUCAACAGGCGAGUGACAUCGUUCAGAAUAUCCAGGAAGCGCUCUCUCUCUUUUUGAUGAUCUACCAGAGUUGUGAGAAGGAGAAAGUAUCUUGGCUGGCUAUCAGCGGAGAAGAGUUGUAUAAAAGUAAAAUAAAACCAAGUAACUAA